UCGACAACAAAAGCGCAAUGAUGCAGACAAAACAGAGAUGCUGCUGGCGUGUUGUUUGUGAGAUGUCUGCGAUUUGACAGUGCCUAAUUUGGUGGUGUGAGAAUAGAAGUGAAAUGUAAAACUUUCACCUUGACGAACGGUUCUAUCGCUGGGCAUUUACGGGAGAGAGGGUCACCCGCGGGAAAAUAAUCUGAGCAAGAUGGCGUCGAGAAACAUUAGAGGUGCAUCACCGACACCGACGGUGUUAAAACACGAUCUAGAUGCCUCACCGUUUGAUCCUACGGACAAAAUACAGUCCAAUACGUUAAAGCGCCACCCGAAAAUGGAUUUGAGCAAGAGUGAUCUGUUAAAGUUGCUGAGUUACCUCGAAGGAGAACUCCAAGCUAGAGAUGUUGUCAUAGCAACAUUGAAGGCUGAAAAGGCCAAACAGUUACUCUACCAGGCAAAAUAUGGAAGAUUUGGCUUAGGAGAUCCUUUCAUGGCUUUGCAAAGGGACUCGGACAACAUGAAAGACAGCAGUUUUGAUGAAACUGCCAUUAAACUGAUGUACGACAACCAACUGGCUCAACUAGAGAACCUCAUAGCAACACAACGAAAAGCUCAGGUUAAAAUGAGGGAGCAGUUAAAUGCUGCUGAAAAACGAUUUCACAAGGCUACAGCUGAAUUGGAGGAUGAAAAACGCAAACAUGCUCAGGAUACUGCUCAAGGCGAUGAUGUCACCUACAUGCUUGAAAAAGAGAGAGAGCGCUUAAAACAAGAGGUUGAUUUUGAAAAAAAUCAGAACAAGCGUCUCGAGAAAGAUUUGAAGAAAUCUCUUGCCAGUUUAGAAGAGGAGAGAGCAAAUUCAGGCAAACAUAAGCAAGUUGCUCUCAUGUUGAUUAAAGAGAGAAAGAAGUUGGAAGACAUCUUGUUAUUAGAGAAACACAAGCGCAGCACUGCUGAAAGUCUGCUAAACUCAGACAAGACCAAAAUUAGAGACAUUGUUGACGGGCUUGAAGAGGAAAACAAAAGAUCCCUAAAAAUGGAAGCUGUCAUGGAGAAAAAGUUAAGUGAAUUUGAUGUGGAGAGAGAACAGCUUCGAAAUAAAUUUUCACGUGAAGAAAGCCGCUCAUGUGAACUUCAGGCUAGUGUUGAAUCGUUGACCCAACAGUUGGAGGCUAUGCAGCUCCAGUUGUCUCAGGAGCGAGCAGCAUCAUGUGCCAAACCACAAAGCAUAGAAAUAAGAAGCAGUGUGUCACCAAGCAAAACCAAAGAAGGUAGCCGAGAGGGGUCACAUGCUUCAUCUCAAAUGGCAGUUCCUGGCCUUUAUGCAACCCCUCAAUUACGAAAGCCUGUGACACCUGCAAAACCUACAGACAAACCUCUUGCCAGUAACUCACUUGUGGUAGGCCAAGGAGAUUUAGGACCAGCCAAUACUGACACGACAAGCCCUAGAGGUGCUAUAAAUUCAGGAACUACUGGCUCAGCUAUGUUCACGAUGCCUUCUGGAGGAAAAGUCUCAGUUCAUGUUGGGGGCAGUGGUGUAGGUAACUCCCCCCGCAAACCUGUGGCAGCUGGCCGAGGCACCCCUCCUCCAAUUCCCCCAAACAAGCCGGUGUUAACCUCCCCUUUACCUGGGGGAAUCAGUGUGGCAAGGGAAGGGGUCACCAGAGCUGUCAGCCCCAAACCAGUUCCUCCUCCAAAGGUGGGGAUAGCACUGAGCAAGGAUAGACCUGGUGGGGUACAAUCUGAUGGACAGGGAGAUAUGGGACAAAGGCCUUCCAAACCUGUGCAAAUCCCUGUCAAUCAGGUGAGCGUAGUCUCUAAUCAGCCAGGGGCUGUGCGAGGAAGGAGUCCAGUACGGGACACUUCUCCAUUGCGAAAGACAACCCAGUCCAUGACUGUCUCUCAGUCUUCAUCUGAUGGAAGUGUGAGUGGGUCCCAACCUCACCUGGACUUUUUGGGGCAAGAAAUGGCAGACCUCCAACAAGUUCUUAUUUCCAUGGCAUCAGGUGAAAGUAGUGCAUAUUCUGUAAAUUUGUGUAGUUCAUAUCCUCCGUCUGUUCAUUCCUCGCCACUACAUCAGUAUGCUGCUACAGGAAAUGUUACUCAGCUUUCUGCACUCAUCUCCACCUCAUCAUCCCAUGAUGUUAACCAACCUCUGCUGGACGGAACCUCAGCACUGCAUGCUGCUGUUCAGGGUGGACAUGAAGAGUGUGUAAGGAUAUUACUAGAAUCGGAAGGAAACCCAAACUCUCUAAGAGAGGAUCUCAUCACACCUAUUCACAUUGCUGCAGGAGAGGGUCAUUACAGCUGCUUGAAAUUGCUGAUUGAGCACAAUGGUGAUGUACACAGGACUGACCAGGCUAAAUGGACUCCACUUCAUUGGGCUGCUACUAAUGGAUAUGAAGAUUGCUGUAGGCUUCUGCUGGACUCAGGAGCCAAAAUUGACCAAACAACAGAUGAGAACUGGACUCCAUUACACACAGCAGUGAAUUCAGGCCGUGUGAACACGCUAAAACUGCUGCUAAAAUAUGUGGGGACGGGACCAUCUAUAAAAGACCACAGUGCUGAUAAGGAGUUUUCUGAGUCAUCUUACAACCUGGCCAAUCUGGUAGACAAAGAUGGUUGGACUAUCGCUCAUCUGGCUGCACUGAGACACAAAGAGGAUUGCCUUCAAGUGAUAUUGGAGAGAUGCCCUAUAGAUCUUGACAUGGGAGAUAACUGGGGUAGAACAGUAUAUGAUGUCGCCUCUGCUGCAUGCAAAGAAUUUCUGGCACAAAUAGCCACCCCUAAUUCAAGGAGUUGUACAGUGUCCAUCAGCAUGAUGCCUUUGCCAGGCACAGAAGACACAUCCAUCCAGGUGGCCAGGAAAGAAACUGAGGUUAUUGUUGGCACCUUCCACAUCAGGCCAAGUACCACCUGGCAGCACUUGGAGGAUUGUGUUAGAAGUUUGUUGUCGAACUACUUUAAGAAGCUAGAACUUGGCCUGAAGACGAGGAAGACAUCUCGUUUGGAGCCAGAUGCCAACUAUAUUGACUGUCCACCCCAGCCAUUCACAUUAGGCUUGUCACCGGGCUCUGUCAAGCAAUUCAGUAUAGGCCUGUACUGCUGGACUGCUGGGGCUGUGUUUGAUCUGAUGCCAUAUGAAAUAAUGUGCAAUAAUAACUCCUACCAAAUACAAGUUCAUCUUGGUGAUGGAGAUGGUGCCCAUGAUCAUGUCAGCUUUGAAACUCUUGUCCCAGUGGCCAUGGUACAGAAUUACUUACGAUUGAUCGAGCAGUAUAGAAGUGUUGUGUUCUAUGGCCCUGUUAGUAGUGGAAAGUCUCUCCUGGCUGACAGACUGGCUAACUGUGUCAAGAGAAAAGAAGUUGCUCAAGGUCACAUGCCAGAAGUGAUACAGGUUACAUGUACAGAAAGUUUCACUCCAAAGGACCUGGUAACUGUUCUCGUUGAAAAAGGCUGUAUAGUUAAUGGCAAAUCCUCAUCAGCUGAUAUGAACGUCAAAUCUGGGGAAGUCAGGGCACCAAUCCUAGUGUUGAAUGAACUUGAUAAGGUGAACAUCUCGGAGGUGUUUGGGGAUCUGCUUGACUGUCUGGAGCAUAGAGGGGAAAACUUUGCCUUUAAGUUGAAAGGAUACGAGGACCCAGAGGCAGGCUUGUUCCACUUUGUUGAUAACUUUUACCUAAUAGCUACCAUGGAUAGAACAAGAUCUACAGGCCUCGAGCUCUCUGUACAGCAGCGAUUUCGCUGGGUGCAUUUCCGUGUGGACACGGAGCCUAUCCAGCAUCUCUUAGCGAGACACCUCCAAAGGCGCCUCAUUCAUACCUACAAGGGGAGCCAACCCCUGCUGGAUGACCCUGUGUACAAGGCUGUGGAAUGGGUGGUGUGCGUCUGGCAGAGGCUGAAUGAUGGCCUCUCCAAACUGGGUCUUCCAGAAGUGGCAUUUGGCCCUGGUCUAUUUUUCAACUGUCCCAUGUUACCCAACAGACCUUAUGACACAUUGAACUGGCUACGAGAUGUUUGGAACACAAGGAUUGCUCCAGUAGUGACCGAUGCUGUGGUCAAGGGGACAGGUGCCGAGGCUUCUCAUGGUGGUCAGCAGAAGGUGGCUAACACUGCCCUCUAUGUCCUUAUGCAGAGAUCUGUAGUCUCUGGCUGUCCAAUUACAGGAUCAGAGCGAGAGAAAUACCUGUCCACAUUCCAGGGGAGUAAUGAACUAGAUAUUCCUAUCCGAACUCGGUCACAUUCCAACCUAGACUCGUUCCUUUCUCCCAAUGCACCUCUGUCUCCAACUGUCCAGCUCAAAUGUAUUCUUGGUAUGCCUUCAGCAGAGGAAGGAAAAAAGCGACAUAGUUCAUUACAAGCUGGUUCUCAGCAGCAUGAUGCAUGUUCCCCAGAGCAGUCAAACUGGGAGCUGCCCCAUAAAACCCCCAGUUCACGAUUAACUAGUGGUAAAUCGGUCUCAGACACAGAUUUGACAGCCUCCUUACCAAAGGUUCGAAGACUUGAGAUUAGGACCCCAAACCUGCUGAGUCCAGGUUCUGUGGUAUCCAGGAGUCGCAGCAGUUCCGGAAGCACUAUACCUCGAUACAGCUCUUUACCAGUGAAACUGCCAAGUGGCUCUGGCGGCAAGACGCCAUCUCCAGGAGAGGGAUCAUCAAGUUUAAACAGAGGUAGCUUCAAGUUUCCAUCAACAUCAACUCCAACAGCUUUCUCGUUUUCAAACAUUUCCACUUCUCCUACAUUCACCACCAAGCUUCCUCGAGCUGUUACAGUGUUCAAAACCACGCUGUCUAGUGUUGGUCAGAAUGGUGGCAAGGCACCAGGAUGCCAGCCCAGCCAGUUCUCUGGCAAAGAUAUUUUUGCUAAAGGACAUUCUUCAGGAUCAAGAAAUAAGGAUGACCUUCUUGGUGUUGCAAAAGCCUCCCCAAGAUUAAGCAGUCCAAGGCGCUAUAGUCCGAAAAACAGCUCAAAUAGUCCAAUUAUUGCAGCACAGAUACCUUUAAAAGUAGGACAUGAUGCUGAAAAGGAAACAAAUGCUGAAACAGGUGCUGAAAGAAUGGAUAGUUCAACAGAACCUCCCAAUCCGAAAAGUCCCAAAAGGGAUAAUUCAUUUGCAAUGCCUUUACAUGUAGAAACCUGCUCCCUCCCAAUGUGUGAACCAAGAACUAGCCCCUUCAGAAUUAUUGAACCCAGCCCUACUGUUAUUCCCAAGGAUUGGUCACAGCCUGACAAUGAUCUUAAAACAUUGGACAGAGGCGAAUGGUCACACUAUCAGACAUCGACAAAUAUACUCAAUGGUCCUGUAGCUGUGUUAAGAUCCAGUCCGAGUCCUGUUGUGUCACCAGGACCACAUAGUGCUAGAGUCUUUCUUUUAAGUGGUCACAAAACUGUUGCUGAUAAUACUAACUUACCACAGAGUCAACAUUCACCAGACGAGAAGGAUGCUCGGGUCGAGUCCACACAAGCUGAUCUGGCUGACGUCGGAAAUGGUUCUGUAAAGGGUCACAGAACUGCAUAUUUACGUUCAGAUGUUAUAGCUGUUGAUAGGGCUACAGGGGAGACAAAUUCAGCCAGUCUAAUUAAAACAGAUCCUGGAACAGACUUGGAAUUUUCACCGGGGAGAUCUGAGGGCAAGUCAGCAAUGGAGGCAUUAGCUAAGGUUCUUCAAGGUGAAGAACGGGUUUCACUGUGUUAGCAGUAAUACAGUGAAAGUCUACUACUGGUAGUGACCAUAUAGAACUUCUAUGUCUUCUGAUACAUCGGUCAUUAUCUAAAAUCUAAACUCCUAAUACACUUUUGAACAACUGGGCCCUCACCACUGUCUUAUAGUGUUGCCAAUACAUGUAGUGACUGUUAUGUCACCCGUCCAAAUGAUAGCCAAUGAACAAUAUUAUAUGACUAAAUCUUCAUGCAUUCUUGCACCAUUGUUCCACAUUGUAUUCUUGCAACUGUUGUAUUUUACAGAUCUAUGCCUUGUUACCUUCCCUCUUUCAUGUGAUACACUGUGAAUUGAGACAAGUGUGUAAAUGGUAUGCAAUGUAAAUAAAAGUAUUACACACAUUGUGCUCUACUUUUGGUAUGACAGUCUUGUGGUCUCGCUUCGUGCUGAAGUCUGAAGAUUAAAGGACUGUUACAUGAACAUGUAGUGUAUGGAAAUCUCUGAUGGUGGAUCACAUCUUUAGACAGAUUAUAUGAAAAUGUGUCUCUUGCCAGUUCAUUAAGUUUUUUUUUUAUUUUGUCAAAGUUGACCAUAUUGCAUGUGUGUCUGGAAGCUGUUCUAGUAAAGAAGUGAAGGGAUGAAACUUAGGUGUGGUAAUAUUCCUCAGUGAUUACUGGUGUGUGAAUUAGAACAUGUUUGUGAUAAUCAUUUAACAAAUGCUGUUAUGUAGAUUUCAAGUAAGAUAACAGGGAAUUUAUAAUCUUGCUCUUAAGCACUUUUCAGUUAUUGAGGAAUUUAUCCUGUGUGCAUUUAUAAAAUGGUGAAAUCACUCGUCAUUCUCAUAUAUCACUGAUGAUCCAUGCAUAAGUGUGUUAUGUCUUUAGUAUCCAUGUACAUGUAAGGGAUGUACUGCUAUGAAGUUGUACAAAGUAUUCAUGAAAUGUCAUUGCCUACCAAGUGCUCUGUACCUAUAUCCAAGAGGAUAAUAAAUUUAAUUGGAUACACCAUUAUGUCAUACCACAUUUGUACAGGGGUAUUCUCUACUACAUGGACAGUACACUGGAUGUACUUUUCCUUUGAAGGAAUUCUGUCUCAUCUAUACAUGUGUAUGUACUUGUAAGGAUGUAGAGGAUAAUGCGUAAGUUUCACUGGUCUCCACUUUGCAUAUUUUGCAAUUUCCAAACGCAUGGGUGCUAAUUGCUAUUAAUCUUGGAUUUAUGCAUAUGAGAUGCAUAAGAAGGUUCUUUUAUUCUUGGUGUUUUUUUUCUUGUAGUGAAAUGGAGAUAUUGUAAGUUUGCUUGAAAGUGUUUGUGAUAAUGAUAUAAGGAUAACAUAUCUUUGGGUUAUUUAUUUAUGUAUUCAUAUUGCAGCACAAAUUAAGAGCCAUUUUUAUACAAAAUAUUGUGUAAUUUGUGGGUUGUUUUUAAUACAUCAGCUUUAGUUGUAUAAGUAUGAAUGUACAUGAAAGUUUUUCUUUAAUGCUUUUAGACAAGGCAUGGGAUUUAGGUUGUAGUGCUUUUUUGUUAUUGGUCCAUUUUAAAGUUUUUGUUCUGUUUUUGUGAUAUAUGUGUAUAUAACAAGAUACGUGUAAUCGAGAAAUUGACCAUUGUAUGCAAUGUGUGUUUUUGUUUGCUUCUUGCUACAUGAAAAGCUGUGGAUGUGUGAGGUGCAUUAUUAUAUUAAAUAAUUAUGAAGAUAAUCUAAGCCCAGAAGUGUAAUAGAUAAGCAAUACUGUUUAGAAUACGUAUUAGAACAAUUUGUGAAAACAUACUUUUCCCUAACCCCUUGCAUCAGAAUAGAUGAUUAUUCCCAAUUGUUUACAACAUACCUCAGCCAAGGCAUAUACCACCCAUUUAUUGAAAUUUCUCAUAUUUGUAACUCAUGAUUUACUUCCCACUUCAAUAAUGUGUCCAAUUUUUAAAAUUUUUUUCAGCAGAUACAAUUUUCAUAUCAGAUGGGUGGUAAUAUUUUACUGUUGCUCUCAUCAUCAGUCUACAUGAACAUAUAAUUUAAUGUAGACCAAAGCUACGUGUACAAUUCCAAAAAGUAGAGAUCGCUGAUUGUUAGUUUCUGUGUUUCAAUUUCUUAAAUAAACAAUCAGAAAUGUACUGUUUUGUAAGGAACAAUAAUGCAGGUCUGGUUAAGUUUUUUUAAAACAAUUGCUUUUUUAUUAUAGAUUUUCAACAGUGAAGUCUUGAACUGUUGUCAUAGUAGAUUAAGGUGAAUUGAUUUGUAGAAGUGAUAAAUUAGGAAAAUCUUAUUAGACUAAUCCACUCGAUGGACGGAUAAAAAUUUCCAGCAGGUUCGUGUCUGUUGAAGGAUUUAUCUCAAAAUAUCUCUUUGUAUGUGAAAACUUAUACUGCACAUUAACGCGUAUUUUCCUGCGGAAUGGGUACUCGGGUCCAAGCUGCUGUGGCCAUUGUUCUCUUGCGCGACACAGGUAAUACAUCAGUUUGUUUGCAAAAGGUCAGCGGAACGUCAGGCAAGAACAAUAGAGUACAAAUCUUUUUCGGGCAGGAAAGAUUCCCAGUUUUGUUGAGGUGUGUGGAUAAAGACCUGAUAAUGGAAUCAACUAUACACUGUAUUUGUAUGAUGUGUCCGAUAUAGUAAGACAUUUAGUACAUGCUUUGUGUUCAGAUUCUUAAUUUUUGAUGUGUCUCAAAAGGAUUGAUUAUACAUUACUUGUAAA